AUGACCUCUUCAGCAGCUGCCUGCAGCGACGCUGAAAAGGCUAAUUUGGUGCUCAACGCCCCCCGUCUGCCGGGUCCGUGGCGUGAGUCUGUAGAGUUUUCAGGUGAAGAAAGCCAAAAAGAUACUGUCAUCCUUCAUGGUUCCCCCAAACACUUCAAACAAUCAACCACUACUGAUGCCUCAUCUGAGGAGAAAAUUCUUGACCUUGAAAAAAACAGUAGCAGUGUUGAUAGGUCACAAUGGGUACUGAAUGGUCCAGAACCCCCAGGUCUAUGGCAUGAGCUCAUGGACACUGUGAGGGAGACCACUUCUUACUUUGGAAACAAGUACUCGUCCCUCAAGAGCCAGCCGAUGCUCAAAAGCGUGGUUUCAAUCCAGCAAGAGAUAUUUCCUAUCCUUGUUUGGGGUCGUAGCUAUAGCAUUUCGAAGUUCAAGCAUGAUCUAAUGGCAGGGCUAACCAUAGCUAGUCUCUGCAUUCCCCAGAGCAUUGGAUAUGCAACUUUAGCAAAGCUUGAUCCUCAGUAUGGGCUUUAUACUAGUGUUGUACCACCUCUGAUAUAUGCUAUAAUGGGAACUUCAAGAGAGAUAGCAAUUGGACCUGUAGCUGUGGUUUCACUGCUUCUGCCCUCAAUGCUUCUGAAGUUACAGGAUCCUGGUGCUGAUCCAAUUGCUUACACCAAGCUUGUUUUGACUGCAACUUUCUUCACGGGUAUCUUUCAAGCUGCCUUCGGGAUCUUCAGAUUGGGAUUUCUUGUGGAUUUUCUUUCCCAUGCUGCAAUCGUAGGAUUUGUGGCAGGAGCAGCCAUUAUAAUUGGCCUUCAACAACUGAAAGGACUACUUGGAAUCGCUCAUUUCCCAACCAGUACUGAUGUUAUCUCUGUCAUGGAAGCUGUUUGGUCCUCAUUUCAUCAUCCUUGGAAUCCUCAUAAUUUUAUGCUGGGUUGCUCAUUCUUGUGCUUCAUCCUAAUCUCAAGAUUUGUGGGAAGAAAGAACAAGAAACUUUUCUGGUUGCCAGCCAUUGCUCCUCUUCUGUCUGUUAUACUGUCAACUCUUAUUGUUUAUCUCACAAGGGCAGACAAGCAUGGGAUUAAGAUUGUAAAACAUAUCAAAGAAGGCUUGAAUCCUAGCUCAGUUCAUCUAUUACAGCUCAAUAGCCCUUAUGUUGGAGAUGUGGCUAAAGUUGGACUCAUCAUCGCAAUUGUUGCACUCACGGAAGCAAUUGCAGUUGGAAAAUCAUUUUCAUCCAUAAAAGGGUACCGCAUUAAUGGGAACAAAGAAAUGAUGUCAAUGGGUUUCAUGAACAUAGUUGGAUCUCUUACUUCUUGCUAUGUUGCAACUGGUUCAUUCUCACGUACUGCUGUAAACUUCAGUGCCGGUUGUGAAACUCCAGUGUCAAACAUUGUCAUGGCCAUAACGGUGACCAUAUCACUGGAAUUUUUUACAAGGCUCUUGUAUUUCACUCCAACAGCAAUCCUCGCUUCCAUAAUUCUGUCUGCUCUGCCUGGACUAAUCAACAUUAAUGAAAUCUACAACAUUUGGAAGGUGGAUAAGCUUGACUUCCUAGCUUGUAUAGGAGCCUUCUUUGGAGUGCUGUUUGCAUCAGUGGAGAUAGGCCUUCUACUAGCGGUAGCAAUAUCAUUCACAAAGAUAAUUCUCAUCUCAAUUCGACCUGGGACAGAAACUCUUGGACAACUUCCUGGAACUGAUAUGUUUUGUGACACUGAACAAUAUCCUAUGGCUAUCACAGUUUCUGGAAUCAUGAUAGUUCGUGUCAAGUCUGCCUUGUUGUGUUUUGCAAAUUCCAAUUUUGUUAGAGAAAGAAUUGUGAGGUGGAUAGCUGCAAAGAAAGCAGAAGGCCUGAAAGGAAAUAACACCAAAGAUACCAUUCAAGUAGUCAUUCUUGACAUGUCUAAUUUGAUCAACAUUGAUACAUCUGGAAUAGCUACCCUAGAGGAUUUGCAGAGGAACUUGUUAUCAGAAGGAAUUGAGUUAGCAGUUGCAAACCCUCGGUGGCAAGUGAUUCACAAACUAAAGAUCUCCAACUUUAUUGGGAAAAUCGGAGGAAGGGUUUUCGUGACUGUUGCAGAAGCUGUGGCUGCAACUUUCACUGGAAAAAUUGCUACCACUUAUUAA